AUGAAUAAGGACAAUGACUUGAUGUACACAAAAUCACAAGCAACUGCACAAGAGGUCUUUGAGAGCUAUGUUAAAGCCAGCAGUGGAGUAUACUGCUGGGAUGACAACAAAGUCAAGGGUUUCAACAGAAAUCAUGCUUACAACAAUGCAGGAGGACCUCAACUUGGGGUGGGGCAACAAUGUCUAGAAGACAUCAAGCAGGUUAUUCCAAGAGAAGUCUUUACAAAAGUGUCAGGGCAUGGCCUAACUGGCUACCGUGACUCCCUAUGCCAGAAGGGAGUUGCCAUAAGACGAUCUGGAGUGAUCUGA